GAAGUUUCACGUGCCGCUCUACGGCAUCUCAUUUGCUGACCACCAUUAGUCCGAUCGAAUCUCCCGCAGUAUGCCCUCAAUCCGAUGGAUCUUUGCCCUGGUGUGUAUCGGUGUGGCGUUACGCCCAUCGGAGGGCGCUCGGAUACUGUCGGUCAACGUGUUUCCGGGCCGUAGCCACUGGAUGAUGAUCAGCGCUAUUCUGGAGGAGCUGCUCGCACGUGGCCACGAAGUGACGGUCAUCUGUAACUAUCCGCGCAAGGAACAGCACCCGAACUACACGGAAAUAGUCAUCGCACCGAUCUACGAUUUUUGGGCCAAGUCGGUUAAGGUCGAUUCGCUGUACGAUCUGACGGAGAUCUCCAUUCAUUCGAUGAUCAUGAACUUCCUGUAUCCGCUCGGUCUGGAGACUGCCGAGUAUGCGUUUACGCGCCCGAACGUGAUGGAGUUCCUUCGCAACGACCAAACCCGCUUCGAUCUGCUGCUGGCCGAGCAGUUCUACCAGGAGUCGUAUCUGAUGCUGGCGCACAAGUAUAACGUGCCAAUUGUGUCCAUCGGUACCUUUGGUUUCGCUCAGUACAUGGGCCCGAUGAUGGGGCUGAUGAACGCGUGGUCUCACGUUCCCCACGAAUUCCUGCCGUUCACCGACCGGAUGUCGCUUUACCAGCGCACCUACAAUGCGUUCGUGAGCACGUACGAGCAGAUCCUACGCUCGUGGUACUAUAUGCCGCGCCAGGAAGCGAUGGCGGCCAAGUAUUUCUCGUUCCUGCCGGGACCUCUGCCGCGGGUGGCCGAUCUCGAACGGCGCGUAUCGGUUGUGCUGCUGAAUAGUUACGCCCCGCUGACCACAACACGGGCACGGAUUCCGGGCCUGGUGCCGGUCGGUGGUUUGCACAUCAAGGAACCGAAACGGCUGCCCGACAGCCUGCAAACGUUCAUCGAUGACGCGACGGACGGUGUGAUCUACUUCAGUCUCGGCACCAAUCUGCGUUCGGCCGAUCUGCCGCCGGAGAAGCUGGCGGUCAUACUGAGCGUGUUCGGUCGGAUGAAGCAGCGCGUUGUGUGGAAGUUUGAGGACGAACGGAUUAAGAAUCUGCCGCCAAACGUGCUCGUACGCAGCUGGCUUCCCCAAAGUGAUAUCCUUGGCCACCCCAAUGUGAAGGUUUUCAUCACCCACGGUGGGCUGCUGGGGACGCAGGAAGGUGUGCACCGGGCGGUCCCGAUGGUCGGCAUUCCGAUCUACUGCGAUCAGCACCUGAACAUGAACAAAGCGACCCUGGGCGGGUACGCGGUUAAGUUGUACUUCCCCAACAUAACGGAGGAAUCGUUCCGUUGGGCGCUGGACGAAGUGCUGUACAAUCCGUCGUACCGGGCCAACAUGGAGCGCGUUUCGCAAAUCUUCCGUGACCGUCCGGUGCCGGCGCUGGACGAAGCGAUCUACUGGAUCGAAUACGUGGAACGGUACAAGGGGGCCCCUCAGCUGCGAUCGGCCGGCUUGGAUCUUCCGUGGAUUAGCUUCGCCCUGCUGGAUGUAGCCGGCUUGGUGUUGGUAGUGCUGGCAGCCGUGGCCUGGGUGUUGUACAAGUUCGUGUCCUUGUUUAAAAGAGGAAAGCCGAAACGGAAGCACGAGUAG